CGUGUGAUCCAAUCACCCCUCUUUUGUCUAUAAGAAACCGCUAAUCUUGUUUCUGUCCUCUGUAUAUAUUAAAACUGCCAUCAACGGCUCGUUUCGCUCACUCACUCACUCACAAACUCUCUUCUCUUUGUCGUCGGUUAUAUCAAAGCAGAGUCAGAUCAUCAUCAUCAUCAUCAUCAUCCAAUGUUUGUGAAAAAGCUUGUGGAGAAGGCUUCCAAGAAGGGUGGUGGGUAUAAUAGUGAUGGACUGAAGUGCAACGAUGUAGAGCCCCAGGUGGCAUGCCAUUAUGGGAUACCAUCAGGGUGUAACAUGUUUGCUUAUGAUACCAUUCAAAAAAUACUUGCUGUUUCUACCAAGGAUGGACGAAUUAAAUUGUUUGGUAAAGAUAAUGCUCAAGCUUUACUUGAAGCUAAGGACGCAGUACCAAGCAAGUUUCUCCAGUUCCUUGAUAACCAAGGCAUCCUUUUGAAUGUCACUUCCAACAACUGCAUUGAGGUUUGGGACAUAGAGAACAAGAUGCUGUCUCAUGUCCAUGCUUUUCAAGAAGAAAUUACGUCUUUUGCAGUUAUCCAACGUAGUCUCUUCAUGUAUGUUGGAGAUUCUGUGGGGAAUGUUUCAGUCUUGAAGAUUGAGAAAGAACUGAAUCAUAUAGUACCAACCAACUAUGCUAUACCCUUUUCAACUUCUCAUGGGGAUUCAACUGAAGUUUCUGAUACAGCUGCAGUGAUCUGUAUACUACCUCAACCAACGGCUGAAAGCAAGAGAGUUUUAAUAAUAUUUAGAGAUGGCAAAAUAACGUUAUGGGAUCUUCGCGAAAGCAAAUCCAUUUUCACAACAGGUGGGAAUGUUUUGCAAUCACUAAACAAUGAAGCAAAGAAAGUGACUUCUGCAUGCUGGGCAUGCCCAUUUGGAAGCAAAGUUGUUGUUGGUUACAAUAAUGGGGAGAUCUUUAUCUGGAGUGUUCCUUCUGCCCCAAAUUCUAGAACUGAAUUAGCAUCAGAGUCUGGCACUCAAAAUGCCCCAAUAUCCAAACUCAAUGUUGGGUAUAAGUUGCAUAAAAUUCCCAUAGCAUCAAUGAAAUGGGCUUAUGCUGAUGGGAAGGCAAGCCGACUAUAUGUCAUGGGUGCCUCCAACUUUGAGUCUGAAAACUUGGUGCAGAUAAUCCUGCUGAAUGAGCAUACAGAGUCUCGCACAAUCAAAUUGGGGCUGCAUUUAACCGAGCCUUGUAUCGACAUGGAAAUCAUUUCAAGCUCGAGUGAGCAGGGCAAGCAUAAACAAGAAUUUUUCCUUGGUCUAGGAAAAUCAGGGCAUAUUUAUGCUUAUGAUGAUUAUCAAAUUGAAAAGUAUCUCCUACAAUGCCAAUCCCGGUCCCCAAACUCACUUCCAAAGGAGGUCAUGGUGAAGAUGCCAUAUGCUGAUUCAAGUAUUACUAUAGCAAAAUUUAUUACUGAUAAUCCUUGUUUAUUAAGUUUUUCUGAUGAGGAUUAUAUUCUGCUGGCGAAAAGUACUCCAUCUCUUCUUUCCAUGGAGACUAAAUUAAAAGAUGGAUCGAAUCCAAACAUAACCCACUUUAAUGGAUUUUCGAAGGUUAAGAACUUGUACAUAACAGGACACAGUAAUGGAGCCAUAAGUUUUUGGGAUGUGUCAUCUCCAAUUCUCAUUCCAAUUCUAUCAUUAAAGCAACAGAGCGAAGAUGAUUUCUCUGUGAGUGGAAUAGCCGUAACAGCAUUGUUUUUUGAUGGCAAAUCUCGGCUUCUUGUUACUGGAGAUGAAAGUGGAACGGUUCGAAUCUAUAAGUUUAAACCCGAGCCAUAUGCUACAGAGAGCAGUUUUUUGUCUCUUCAAGGAAGUACAAAGAAAGGGAGCAACCACAUCAUCCAGAGCAUUAAGCUUGUAAAGAUUAAUGGUUCUAUACUUUGUUUGGACAUGAACAACACCUCAAGACAUCUUGCUGUUGGUUCUGAUAAAGGAUAUGUUUCAGUUAUUGAUUUGGAAGGCUCAACUCUGUUAUUUCAAAAACAUAUUGCGAGUGAAAUAUGUACAGGAAUUGUCUCGUUGCAAUUUCUGAGCUGCAGUUUACACGGUUUUGAGAAGAAUGUAAUAGCAGUUGCAACGAAGGAUUCCUCUGUUUUGGCUCUUGAAAAUGAUACUGGAAACCCACUAAGCACUAGCAUGGUUCAUCCGAAGAAACCCUCUAAAGCUUUAUUCAUGCAAAUUUUGGAUGGUCAUGAUGCAUUAAGUAGAGUAUCAAAUGGAUUAAAUGGUUUCGAUUUGAGCAAAGGGAGUCAUUCUGAGGAAGUCAUGCCAAAACAGUUAUUACUAUUGCUAUGUUCUGAGAAAGCUGCAUAUAUAUAUUCCUUCACACAUGUCAUGCAGGGAAUUAAGAAGGUGAUGUACAAGAAGAGGUUCCAGGUCUCUUGUUGCUGGGCAUCAACAUUCUACAAUUACAAUUAUUCUGAUGUUGGUCUUAUACUCCUUUUUGCUAGUGGAAGAAUUGAAAUAAGGUCCUUGCCAGAGUUAUCCUUACUAAAGGAGACUUCGAUAAGAGGUUUCACAUUUUCUACUCCAAAACCAAACUCAUCAAGUAACAGUUCCAUAUGCUCCUCAUUGGAAGGAGACAUUGUUAUGGUGAAUGGUGAUCAGGAAAUCUUUGUGGUCUCAGUUUUGUUCCAGAAGAAAAUUUUUGGGAUUUUGGACUCAAUAAUUUCAGAAAUAUACCAGAAAGAUCUGGUAAUUUCACAAGAAGGGCCUGUAAUCCAUAAAGAAAAGAAAAAGGGCAUAUUUAGCUCUGUUAUCAAAGACAUUACUGGAAGUAAAGCAAAGCCUGUACCUCACCUGGAAAAGGAAGAUCCAAGGGAAAGCAUUGAAGAGCUUUUGACAAUCUUUUCAACUGCUAAGUUUCCAGUUGAUGCUGAUGAGGAUAAAGACAACCUGGCCAUGAAUGAAGAUGAAGAUGAAGUUGAAUUAGAUAUAGAUGACAUUGACAUCGAGGUUGCAGCAGAAAAGCCUAAAGAACAGAAUAUGCUGGCAGCUCUAAAUAAGAAAAGUCUGACAAACAAAUUGAAUGCUAUGAAAGGUAAACUGAAACAUAUUAAGAGCAAGAAUGAGAAAAACUCCUCCAAGGAUGAGCAACAAGAUGAGAAGGCUGGCACAGUUGAUCAAAUUAAGAAGAAAUAUGGGUUUUCCAAUUCUGGUGAAACGAGCACUGCUAAAAUAGCUGAAAGCAAAUUGCAUGAUAAUGUGAAGAAAUUGCAGGGCAUCAACAUGAGGGCCUCAGAUAUGCAAGACACAGCUAGAUCAUUCUCAUCCUUAGCCAAGCAAGUUCUGCAAACUCAACAAGAGAGACGUGGCUCACAAUAAUAAUAAUAAUAAUAAUAAUCUAGUCCCCUAUCAGCAGUUUUUUCAUAUCUUUAUUUAUUAUUAUUUUUUUUUUUUUUGAAAAAAAAAAAUACAGGUUUUUUAAUGUAUAGUAAUUUGUACUGUAAACGGCAAAGAAAGAGUGUGGUUGCAGUAUCUUACAGAUUUUAUUUUACUGACGAUCGUUGUAAAGUACUUUUUGUUCUUGGACAAUAUUAUUCUCAUAAAUUUUCAUUUUA